AUGUUGAAAGCAAAUAAUGAUGGAAAGGAAAUUACUUUUCGGUUCAACUCUCUACAAGUUUUAUCCAAGACACCAACCCUUCUCUCCUUGGAAGAAUUGGUAGAAAUUGAGAAACAAUCUUCUGAAGACGAAUUAUCAGAACAGGAAUUAGAACUCACUCCAAUAGCAACAAGUUUCCACAGUGGUUGUCUGAUUCAUGCUCCUUACAAUCAGCUUAUCAUUGUUGGAGGAUGCUUUGAUGAAGAUGACGAGUGGUACGAGGAAGAGUCUUGUACCAAUGAAGUAAUGUCAUUCAAUUAUAUGGAAAAUAAGUGGAAGUUGCUCUUUAGCAGAGUAUUGAAUGAUGAUGAAAGUACUAGUACAACAGUUGAGGAAAGUGAUACAAACAAUGUGCAAGAACAAAUCUCUCAUAUUAACAUCUCAUCCGAUGAACAAUAUUUGGAAAGAAUUGUACAAUCACCAAUUAUUCAACAAUCAUCAUCGACAGCAGAAAGAAGAAGUAAUACUCCUCCUAGAAUUUGGGGACAUUCCUGUUCUUACAGUCCUCUCACAAGAAGUCUUUAUGUCUUUGGAGGAAUUAACUAUCACGAUGAAUAUAAUGAACAUUUGUUUUCCUUCUCAUUGGAUAGAAGAGAGUGGAAGAAGAUUGAUGCACAAAAAGACUCAUCAAUGGAGGAGCUUCCCUGUGGAAGACAAGGACAUAGAACAGUCUACAUUCCUUCCAUUCACAAGAUGGUCUUAUUCGGAGGCUUUUCUAGUUCUCAUCUUGAUGACUUUUGUGAAUUUGAUGUUAGAAAUAAUACGUGGAGUCGAGUUGAAGAAGAUCCAGCUUUCCUAAUGAAUAGACCAAGUUGUAGAGAAGUUUUUAGUAUGAUUUAUGCUGAGAAUAGAAAUUCAAUUAUCAUAUUUGGAGGUAAAACUGAAGAUGAGAGAUAUUCGGAUUUACGUGAAUUUUCCCUCACAACAAGAAGGUGGACACUACUUUAUCAAGGAAAAAUCAAAAAAACCAACCAUAAUGGUAACACAAAAAAAGUAACAAAAUUAUUCAAGGAUAUUCCAUCGGAAAGAAGUAGUCACACUGCAGUCUAUUUGGAAAAUUACCAGAAAAUGAUAAUUCUGUCUGGAUAUGAUGGCGAGGAAUGGUUCUGUGAUUGUUACGAAUUUGAUUUUAAUACCAUGCAAUGGGAUGGAAUUAAAUUGGAAACAAAAGACUUACCAGAUACAGAUAGAGAGAUCUUUACUAAGGGAUUUAGUAGUCAUGUAGCUGAAUUUAACAAUAUUACUAAUGAAAUGCUCGUUUUUGGAGGUUGGGAUGGUGAAAUAGAUAGUAAUAUCUUAUUCUCUAUCAAGAUUCCAAGCUAUCAUUCAGUUGCAAUGAAAUUUAAAUUACUCAGCAUGAAUGAUUUAUUCUCAGAUGUUUCCAUUCACUGUAAUGAACAUUAG